UCAAAUCAACUCAAAGCGUUCCAGCCUUCUUCUCAUCCUCCGACCAAUCGAGAGAGAGAGAGGCGCGCUAUCAGCUGCAUGGAGGCGGAGAUCGCCAAGCUGCCGGCGGCGGCGUCCGUGUCCAUGUCGUCGUCGUUGCCUGCGUCUGCGUCUGCGGCUUCCGGGGCCGCGGGCGCCGGCGGGGCGGAGUUCACGGCGGACGACCUCGCGGCGGCGGACCAGCUGGUGCAGCUCAGCGUCAGCGGCGGCGGGGACGACGAGGAGGAGGAGGAGGACCAGCGGGAGGCGUUAUCGUCGUCGUCCGCUCGGUCGGUGAACAACGCCGUGACGGCGGCGGCGCGGGACGAGGAGGAAGAGGAGGAUUCCGGGGUGGUGGACCGGAGGGCCAAGAAGCGCUACCGCCUGGUGUCCGACCUCUACGCCGCCACCAGGCAGGUCAAGGACGGCGCCGGCGGCGGCGGUGGGAAGAGCAAGCGGCGGAAGAGCAGCAGGGACGGCAUGCGGAAUUGAGAGCGACGGAGAUUGGGACGCCGCCGGACCGGAGGUGGCCGGAAUGCAGGCUUGGCUGGGUUGGGCUUGGGCCCCGUGUAGAUAUUUUUCCUUUUCCAGCAAACAGUUGUGAGGGAGAGUUUUCUUUUUCUUUUCCAACAACAAAAAAACAGUUGUGAGCGAGAGAGAGAAAGAGAGCUCGUUUCGUUUCUGAAAGUUUUUGAGAUCGGAAUUUGAACUUC